CAUGGAAACAUUGUUUAGUUUCAAUCUCAUGCUCAUUCUUUAUUUGUUUGCAAAUGUUAUAACAAAUGCAUUUGGAUCAAUAGUCUCAACAGACAACUUCAACCUUGAUUUCCAUGUUCCAUGGUCUCCUAAUCAUGUCACCACUUCAUUGGAUGGCCAUUCAAGAACUCUAAAGCUUGAUCAAGAAUCAGGUUCGGCUUUUUUAUCCAAUGAUAUGUUCUUAUUCGGAGAGAUCGACAUGAAGAUUAAAUUAAUCCCCGGCUAUUCUGCUGGUACUGUUGUCGCAUUUUAUCUUUCUUCGGAUGAACCAAACCGAGAUGAAAUUGAUUUUGAAUUUCUCGGCAAUGUAACCGGCCAACCAUACAUAUUACAAACAAAUAUAUACACAAAUGGAAUUGAUAACCGGGAAGAGAGGAUCUAUUUAUGGUUUGAUCCAACCAAAGAUUACCACACUUACACAAUCUUAUGGAAUAUAUAUCACAUAGUGUUUAUGGUGGAUUGGGUGCCAAUAAGAGUAUAUAAAAAUCAUGUUGACAUGGGAGUUAACUUUCCAAGGUGGCAGCCAAUGUCAUUGAAAGCAAGCCUAUGGAACGGUGACACGUGGGCAACACGUGGGGGCCACGAUAAGGUUGACUGGUCAAAGGGGCCCUUCAUAGUAUCAUUUAAGGAUUAUAAGAUUGAUGCAUGUAUUUGGAAAGGGAAUUCAAGGUUGUGUAGUCAAGAGAGCUCAACCAAUUGGUGGAACAAGCCAAGAUUCAAUGGAUUGAAUUGGAUUCAAAGAAGGUUGUUUAGGUGGGUGAGAAAAUAUCAUCUCAUAUAUGAUUAUUGUCAAGAUCCUAAAAGGUUUCAAAAUCACCUUCCAAGGGAGUGCCAUCUUCCUAAAUUUUAAUUACUAAUUUUCAUUCAUCUUCAAUUUAGUUAUUUUAUUCUUUAUCAAACAAAUUAUUCUUAUUUAUAAAGAUGUGUAUGAGAGAAAGUGUGAAUGAGAGAAAUAUUUGUAUAAGAA